AUGGAGGCGGGAAACCCACCAUUAGCAAUUUGUUGGCUGCUCGUCAUUGAAAAGUCAAGAAUUCCUAGAAAUGAGGGCCAAUCAGGUGUCUACGCAUCCCACCCUCCAUCACUUAUCUAUCUAUCUAUCUAUCUAUCUAUCUAUCUAUCUAUCUAUCUAUCUAUCUAUGUAAUUCUCUUAUCUAUCUAUGUAUGUAUCUAUAUAUCUAAUUCUGUUUAUAUCUAUCUAUCUAAUUCUGUUCAUAUCUAUCUAUCUAUCUAUCUAUCUAUCUAUCUAUCUAUCUAUCUAUCUAUCUAUCUUCGGACCAUUCUUAUCUCAGUAUAUUACAACCAUAUCUAUCUAUCUAUCUAUCUAUCUAUCUAUCUAUCUAUCUAUCUAUCUAUCUAUCUAAUUCUUUUCAUUAUCUAUCUAUCUAUCUAUCUACCUAUCUAUCUAUCUAUCUCGGACUGUUCUUAUCUAAGUUUUUCCAUAACUAUAUAUGAAAGGGUUUUUUGUUUUUCUGACGAGUCACAAGGCGAGAGCUCUUUCAUUAUCUAUCUAUCUAUCUAUCUAUCUAUCUAUCUAUCUAUCUAUCUAUCUAAUUCUGUUCAUAAUCUAUCUAUCUAUCUAUCUAUCUCAGUUCAUUAUCUAUCUAUCUAUCUAUCUAUCUAUCUAUCUAUCUAUCUCAGUUAA